AUGGCAGAAAGAAUACCACAAGAUAUAGCUGAUCAAAAAGAACGUCUUACAGUAGCGCAAAUCAAUAAAAACACGGCAGAGAAAGCUCGUGCCUAGUACAAUAUAGGCAGAGCUUAUUACUCCCUCAGUAACUUCCAUCAAGCAAUAGAGUACUACGAGCAAUACCUAAGUACUGCCAUAGAAAUUGAUGACAGGACAGGUGAAGGAUGUGCCUAUUGUAGUCUUGGUUGUGCUUAUAUAUCCCUCAGUGACUUCCACCGAGCAAUAGAGUACCACAAUAGACACCUCAGCAUUGCCAAGGAAGUUGGUAGCAGGGCAUGUGAAGGGACAGCCAAUGGCAAUCUGGGCGUUGCUUAUCAAUCCCUCAACGAAUUACAACGAGCAAUAGAGUACCACAAUAGACACCUCAGCAUUGCCAAGGAAGUUGGUAGCAGGGCAUGUGAAGGAACAGCCUAUGGCAAUCUGGGCGUUGCUUAUCAAUCCCUCAACCAAUUACAACGAGCAAUAGAGUACCACAAGCAACACCUCAGCAUUACAAGGAAAUCGGUGGUAGGGCAGGAGAAGGAUCUGCCUAUGGUAAUCUCGGCGUCGCUUAUAAAUCCCUCCGCGAAUUCCAACGAGCAAUAG